AUGAUUGCAUUAAUUAACAUCGUAAGGUUUUGAAAUUGAAAAAUAUAAAUAUUUUCAAUUAUAUAAAAUUAAAAUUAUGUUAUCUACUGAUCGCGAAUAAAAAAUAAUAAAAAAUGACAACUUGUCAAGAAGGUGAGUGAAUUGUUGUUGUCGAUAAAAUAAUGAAAUAAAUAAUUCCUGUUGCUGUAAAUUAUAGUCAAACACUAUGGGGUUCUUAACAAUAUUGAAGAAGUUACGGCAGAAGGAGAAGGAGAUGAGAAUACUCAUGUUAGGUUUAGAUAAUGCCGGUAAGACAACGAUACUGAAGCGUUUUAACGGUGAGCCCAUCGACACCAUAUCUCCGACCCUGGGGUUCAACAUCAAGACAUUGGAACACCGCGGGUAUAAACUCAAUAUUUGGGACGUCGGAGGACAAAAAUCUUUGAGGUCAUAUUGGAAGAACUACUUUGAGAGCACAGAUGGAGUGGCAUGGGUGGUGGACAGUGCUGACGCGCGACGCCUGUGGGACUGCGCGCGGGAGCUACACUCCCUGCUGCGAGAGGAGAGGCUGGCCGGAGCCACCCUGCUGGUGCUAGCUAACAAAUCUGACCUCCCUGGAGCACUCACAUCUCAGGAAAUUAGAGAGGCAUUAGACCUGGACAGCAUCAAGACGCACCACUGGCGCAUCGUGCGCUGUUCCGCCGUCACUGGAGAGAACCUUCUGGAAGGCAUGGACUGGAUGCUCGACGACAUCGCCUCCAGGAUCUUCACGCUCGACUAGCACUUACUAAUAUUCUAUAUUUAUAUUGAAAGAAAACGGAAAGCAAGGAAAAACAAAAAGGUGCAUAACAGGAUAUAGAAUGCUUCUUUUGAUAAAAGUUAAUUAAUAGCUUUUAUUUGAUGAACUAAAUAUCUCCCUGCUGAUGAAGUUGCAUAAGACAGACCCAUGUCAAAAACUAGAACUGAAUUUAAGGUAAUUGCAUCUGUGCUAUGAAAUGCUGUCUAUAAAAAUAACUCCUCCUUAAGAAAGUUUUGCUAAUUAUUUUAAUAUUUAAUCUUACAUAAUCUCAAAUUAAUCUAUUCUUUUCUAAAAUAAUAAAUUAGACUGAUUAUAGAAAUAUUUGUAAUGUUCAAGCAUCUCAAUAUUUGUAUUGUUAGUCUCUUAUUUUGUAUUUGCUUUCUAAGAUAAUUUAGAAAAUGCCUAAAAAGUGUGUAUUUCAUUCCAAACUGCACUCGCUUCGUAAUGUAAAGCAAAUAAAACUGUGAUGUUUUUGUAAAUUAUUAAGUUUAUAAUUACCUAUAAACUUUUUUAACCAA